GUGGAAAAAUGGUGUGUGGGUUUUUACGGACUGUACAGGAACUUAAGUUUUAAGGAAUAAAUAAAACAUAACGAAAAUGUCUACAACAAAAGAGCUGCUGGAGAAGAAUCUGUAUGCUUUGCUUGGAGUAGAAGACGGGGUAUCCGAGAAAGAGAUCAAGAAAGCCUACAGACAAAAAGCACUGACAUGCCAUCCUGACAAGAACCCAGAUAACCCCAAAGCAGCUGAGCUCUUCCACCAGCUGUCCCAGGCUUUAGAAAUCCUCACUGAUGCUGCUGCCAGGGCUGCUUACGACAAAGUUCGCAAAGCGAAAAAGCAAGCUGAAGAGCGAACCAGAAGACUUGAUGACAAAAGAAAAAAGAUUAAACUAGACUUGGAGGCCCGAGAGAGGGAAGCCCAAGCUCAGUCUGCCGAAGAGGAUGAAAUUAAAAUAACACGUACAUUAGAAGAGGAGAUCAUACGGCUGCGGGAAGAAGGGUCCAGAGAGCUCCAAAAAGAGCAGCAGCUGAUAAAGGAACAGAUCCAGCGAGAGCGGGAAGGCAGAGUGCACAGGACGAACACAAAGCAAGGCACUCAGGGUGGAACACGAUCCGACACACAUGUGACCCCCAAAUUAAAAUUGAAGUGGAAGAGUAAGAAAGAUGAUGAGACAAACGGGGGUUACUCCCGUGAUUUGCUUCUUGGUCUUUUACACAAGUAUGGUGAUGUGUUAAAUGUUAUUGUUUCAAGUAAGAAGAAUGGGAGUGCAGUUGUUGAGUUUGCUACAGUCAAAGCAGCUGAACUUGCUUUUAAAAAUGAAAUGGGCUUGACAAGUAACCCCUUGAAGAUAUCCUGGCUGGAAGGACAGCCUACAGUCCCAGCAGCAGAAGCUUACAGCAACAGCUCAGACAGUUCAUUCAAGCCAGCACAGGGUUCUCUUCUCACCGAGCGGGACUACGAGAGCGUGGUGCUGAUGCGGAUGCGCCAGGCGGCGGAGAGACAGCGGCUCAUUGAGCAGAUGCAGAGGGAGGACGAAGAGGAAGCAGCACGCCCCUAGCCCGCAGGACUCUCUGCCUCUAGUUCAAUAAAGCUCUUCUUUUUUUAAAAGCACAGAACUGUAUGGAUCAAGUGAUUUCAUACUUUGUUGGCAUACUGAUAAAUAAAUGUGUAAAAACAA